UAAAGCAGGCUCUGGCCCUUUAAGGGUUAUGUAGCAGGGCCAGCCGAUGUAGGACGAGCCGACCGUGCGUCUGCCUGCCUGCGCUCCCCCGCUGCCAUCCCCAUCAUGGCCUCCACACAGCCGCCACCGACACCACCGAGGAUGCACCGUCCAGCCAGCGGCCCUUCCCUUCCCGGAGCGGAGACGGACGUCAAGCCGAAGCAGAGGCACCGGUAGAGGCGAGCCGCGCCGGGGAGAGCCGCCUCACAUCCCCCAUGCCACCCCGGUCUCCUCCAUGCCUUCGUCUAAAGCCAAGUACAGCUAUUCGAUAAAGAGGGGUGCGAACCCGGGCGGCGGCGGCGGCGGCGGCAGCGGCGGAGACAUGACAACGAACCGGGAUUAUUCCGUUAAUCUGUCGGUGCAGCAAGUGCUCAGCCUUUGGGUGCAAGGCACGACGCUGCAGCACUUCACAGAGAUGUGGUACUGGGUGUUCCUGUGGUGUCUCUUCUCCUCGCUCUUUGUCCACGGGGCGGUGGGGCUGCUCAUGUUGGUCAUGCUGCAGCGCCACAAGAGGGGCCGCCUCAUCACCCUGGUGCUGGUCAGCGUGGGUUUCCUGGCCUCCCUCUCCGGAGGCGUCAUCACCAGCGCAGCGGUGGCGGGGGUGUACCGCGUGGCUGGGAAGGACAUGGCACCGCUGGAGGCUCUGGUGUUCGGCGUAGGCCAGACCACCCUCUCCGUCGUCAUAUCCUUCUCACGCGUCCUGGCCACUCUGUGAGCCCCUCGACGAGCCGGAGGACGAGACGCCGAGAUGAGAGCGAGGGGAAUCGAGCCAGAGACUUUUAGGUGCUCGCCGUGGCCGGGUUUGCAGAUGGUAGAGAGGAGGCAGAAGUUGCUCUGGACCUUUUUUUGGGGGGGGGGGCUGUCGGCAGGAGAGAGCGCCCCCCAGUGUCUCUGCUCCGUUACUGCCACAAUCACACUGCAGUUCGGAGGGAACUCAAUGCAGGCCGGUCGUCUUCGUGCCGGAGAGCAGCACCAGGCGGUGACGGCGCCAUCCUCAGCUUUCUGGACUUGAAAGCCAUGUUUCGGGUGUUUCCAGAGUUACAUCACUAAUAUGUGCCAACAGCCUUCUCUGGGACAUCCAGAUGCCUUUGUGGCCACUGACUCUUGAAGGCUUUCCGUUGCACUUGUUGGGGAGGGAGGGUAAAAUAAAACCCUGUAACGAUGAUCUGAUGAUCUCCUUUGGAUGAUCACAGCGUGAGAACAAAAGUUUGAGCAGUGAGAGGUGUUUUAGGGAGUGACAACCCAACAGUGUUCAUCAGCAAAAACACCAUUUUUUCUUCAGUGUUAAACAUCAGCCUCACCUCCUCGGGCUUCACGGCGCUCAAAUACAGAUUGUCAUGAUCAUUCCUUUUCCUUAAAAUGGUUGAAAACGCUGCACCGUCCAACUCACGAGCAAGAUGCAGCUUUGAAUUUUGCACUUUGUAAAUGUUGGAGGUGUGAAAUCAGUCAGACGUGGAGGAGAAAACCAGCAUCAGCACUACGCUUGAAAUAUCGAUUCUUCGAGUGCCAACGAAAACUCCAAUCGGAGUUAAAGAAAUAUUUUGACACACUGGGAAGUAUGUUUAUUUUGUGAUGUCUUGCUUGAAAGUUAGAUGAGAAAAAGUCACUCACGUCUUUAUGGGACGCUACACGGAGACAGUUAGCUUAGCUUAGCAUAAAGACUGGUACCGGGGGGAAACAGCUAGCCCUGGCUCCGUCAGACGCUCACAAAAUCUGCCUACCAGCAGCUCUAAAGCUCAAUCAUUGACACAUUAUAAAGACCUGUUGUCUAGAAAUUACAUUUUAAAUUACACAGUCCAGAGUUCAGGUUGAGGUUAGAGAUCACUGAUGACUCAAAACUAAUUAAAUAUGUUAGUGAACAUUUCACUGAUAUGUUCAACAUUUUUGCACCUUGCCGACAUUUCCUUAUUAUGUCGGUAGAAAAUGUAAUUUAAAGGUAAAGGAGACAGGACUGCGUUAUGAAUCUUGUUUAAUCUAAAAGUGAUAUUUUGCACAUUUUUUACAGGGCGGUUUAUGUACUCGCUUACUUCAGGGAGUGAAGAGCAGUUAAGAAAAGAAUAAUCUGCCACAUAAAACCUCGUAAAAACAGUGUCGUUUUCACACUUGAUGUUAAACAAAUGAGAUAUAAUCAGUGGUGCAGUGGUCCCUGGAGGAGUGGGUAUACUCUUAACUUUGCCUGCAAAUUUCUUUUUUUUUUAAGCGGCACAUGAAGCAAGAAUAAACAGCCGGUGUCAUCCGACUGCUACUGCCAGUAUUUACACUAUAGGGUGAGACAAACACAUAACUAUACAUUUAGAGUGACAUAUUACCAACCUUUACUCCAUCCUGUCAAGAAAAUUGGACAAAACUAUCUAACGCCUUUGCCAUCCUAGGAAAUAAGUGGUUAUACUCUAUUUACUCUACCCUCCACUACACCACUGAAUAUAAUGUGUUAAUCACAGUGAGUGAGACAGAGCCAGGCGAGCUGUUUCCCCCUGGUUCCAGGCUUUGUGCUCAGCUAGGCUAACUGCAUACCAGCUUCAUAUUUAUGUAUCAAUAUUCUCAUGUAACUCUCGGCAAGAGAAGAGGAAACUCAGACAGAGAAAGGCCUGGACAAGCUGUGGUAUUCAGGUUUUAAGGAAAGAUGUAUCGGUUGUAAAAAAAGGGUUGUUUUGCUGCUUGAGAGUCAGCUCUGGCAUAUUUUCAGACAAACUAUCCCGUGUCUGUGAGUCCUGGUGCAGAUUUUCUGUAUUACCAUCGUCUGCACAGCAUUAAUUCCCCCUAGUGGAACGCCAUCUCUCCCCGGAGAAGAAGGUCAGCCACAUUCUGCUGCUCAGACGGCCAUUUUUCUAUGGCUCCCUCCUUUUAUUUAUUUGUUUUUGUUUAUCGACCCAUGUUCCUUAAGUUUGAACUUUGCAUAUUGCACUGAUAUUAAUCUGCCUUGUUUUAGCACAGUGUGCGAUGAAACUACUCUGGUGUGACCCGAUCCAGUAUUCACAGAAGUCAGUGAUGUCAGACGCAAACUGUAGAAGAUCGUCUGUGAGGAAAUGUGCUCGAAGCUACUGUAUUUACUUGGACUCAGUGUUGAUCGCAGACAGUAGUAAAGAAUAGAGAGAUACACUGAUUUAUGUGAGUUUAAUGCUCAUCAGUUGGCCCAUAAAUCCUCCCAGGAUUGAAACAGAUUGUCUUGUGCACAGCUCUAAAUCCAGGGUGAGAGGAGAUAGGUUGUAAUGCCAAAGUAUCACUCGCAUUCUAGCUUUAUUUAUCACAUUUGUCUCUUUUAAUUGAUAUCACAGCCAUGAUUUAUUCGUUUUUUUAGAAACAUUUGCACAUUGGCUCGGGUAUCCAGAUUUGGGAGGAACAAAAAAAAACCCCAAUUGAUAUGAAUUUGACAAAAAAAAGUAAUUAAUGUUUGUGUAAAGUGUGUGUGUGUGUGGUUUCGUAGCUCUUAAAAGGUAAACGCUGUGUAUUUAUAGGAGUUAUGUAAUUGACACAACUCACCUUCAGUACCAGCUCAGCACACAAGAGGGCGAUAUUGCACAGAGAUGAAGUGGCAGCAGGAGCCUGAAUGCCUGAAAGAUGAUUGUGGAUUUUAAAAUGAUGAAAGUGAUACAGCGCUAUGUUAACCACCAUAACCACUGAAUACUCUGCACAUCGUCCAUACUACCUGUUUGAAUGUUUUAGCUCUAUUUCAGGGACCAAAAUGUGAGUUGCUGCUGAUGACUCACCUGCUGUCAUAGCAAUGAUAUCUCUGUGUUCAUGGGGCAGUUUCUGCAUGUUUGUGUGUGUAUGUGCGGUUCAUAGGAGACAUGUUGUGAGUGUUGUUGUUGUUGUUUGGUGUCGAUCUUUGCGGUUGUGCAUGUGAGUAGUAUAACAGGAUGUUAAUUUAUUUUCUUUCAUUAGCGGAGGUGGGGAAGAGGGGGAGGUUGUUCACAUUCUUUAGCGGACCCCUAAAGCGUCAGAAAGGGUGAGGACCUAAUUGUAAGUGACACUGUGUUCAGAGGAGCAGUUCACUGAGCAAUGUCUUACAUAACGUGUUGGAAAACUUUUUUAUUUGAUGUGUUAGAAACGACUUUUCUGCCAACGAAAAAAAACAGCAAGAACUGGAAGACUGGACUGAAAGCUGUGCUCUUACUGUACAUCCUGAGCUGUGUAUAGCCGUAGUGUACAAACAGGAGUGCCAACCAACAGCUGACAUGAACUAACUAACCACUGGAUAGUAAUUUUUUAGUUGCUCGCACUCAUUCGGAGGAUUCACACCCAGUGCCAUGAUCACCUGUGACGAAUAUUGUUGUUUUUCCCCGCUCCAGGUUCUGUGAGCUGUGUGACCGCGCGUGUGUACUGCAAUAUCUUUAAGGAGACACCCAGCAACUAAUAAUCCCCUCUAGACUUUUAAAGAAAAAGGCCGUCGCACUGCAGCGAGACGCCCAGCUCAAUAAUCCUGUCUCUUUUCAUAGGCUCAUAACUGAAGCUGCCCCCACCUCAGUUCACUGUCGUCCAAAUGCCACAUAUCCCCCCCCCGGACACAUACUGUGUACCCGCUGCGAUUGCAUGUGCAGUGCAGCUCAGAUAACGUGUGAAUGGACUAUACGGACAAUCCAACAAGAGACAAUGUUGUACAAAAACCCAAAGUGGCACCUGUAGAUAAUGUACAAUAUGUUCUUUUUUUAAUUUUGUACCAGCAAAACCGCUGAUAUUUAUAAGUACUGCCUAUUUAUGUACAAAUUGUUCUCCUGUACAUACUCAACAGUCAGUUGAAAUAAAACUCUUUUGCAGUAUAAACGCUCA